AGUGGUUCGUCUCUCCGUCCCGAUUCCUGCGCCUGUUCAUUCUACAACGUCUUGCGUUCCUACUUCACCUUUUCUUCGAAACUAAUCACAGGUCCUUAACACAGAGAACGCGCUCUGGAACCUUAUCGAGUUAUUCUCCUACUUGGACUACUCUUGCAUUAACGUGCUCGGAGACGACAAGGCGAUGCUGUCCCUCAACCCAUUGUUUUUCGACUCGGUCGAAUCACAACCGGGGGACCUAUGUAGAAAACUUUACACCCAGAUCGCGCAGAUGGUGGAGGAGGCCUACCUUGUGCAAAUGGCCGAUGCGGAACCUGGCCUCCCCCACAUCUUCUACUUCGACCACAUGAAGGCUCGCCUCGUUAAUGGCGUGCCCCAGCUGCCCAACCCACCAUACACGACACGCGACGCCGUAGUGAACGUCAACACUGGAAGCUUUCUCAGCUCUGGAAACGAUCUGCUCUCCCGACUAACGGACGUGAUGGGUCUGUAUAGCGAGCCCCAGGGGCCGCAGCAGGAGCUGGAGUUCAACGCGAUUCUGGAGCCGUCGCAGGUGCUGGCGUUCCAGUUGUCGCACGGGAGCUCGUACGUGGGCGGCUAUUAUCAAGCCUCCGCGCACGCCACGCACGACGGCUUCCGCUUUCCAACUUCCUUCUUCCUCGACCAGUUCCUGAUGCAGAACGUCGAGACGGCGCUCCAGCUGCGCGAUGCACGACUGGGCAUGCUGGCAGAUAUCCGGCAGUGCCAGGGGAGGAGGGGGUUGUUGACGCGGUUUGAGGUGAGAGUUGAGAGGACGGCGAAUCCAACGUUGCUGGUUGUAACCACGGAAAAAGCGUUUGCUUGCCGACGUAUGAAUGACUGACAAUUAUUCGCUCAUCAGGAAAGCGACGUUUUGGGCAACUUGCGCGCCAACGCGUACUACUUCGAGCACGUCGCGAGCGCGAAGGACGCGCCGGAC